CGGGUCUCCCGGCCGACCGAGGUGGCGGCGGCGAGGAGGCGGCAGCAUAACGUCGGUUCUGCAGAUUCGGUUCCUCCGGCUUCGUUUUCUCUCUCUACCCCACCCCACCUCCGGUAAUUCCCUUGGCCGGGAGGAGUCCAACCCUCGAGGGAGCUGCCGAGAACCUCGUUUUCUCCGCUUCCUCUCCCCAGACCCUGGUAGGACGCUGAAGAAUGAGGCUGAAGCCAGGAGGCAACGGAGCCUCGUCGAAACCCUGUCGGACUUGAAAAGGGCAGCACCUACCCUCCCCCAACCCCACUCUCCCCGCCGCCCCCAACCCCAAAGGAGGACCUUCUCCUUGCAGCUGACAGAGACCGUCAAAUUUCUGAUUGCUUUGCUCAUCAGGGGCACCCAGACGACCGCACUACUGCCUCUUCCUCCUCCUCCUCCUCCUCCUCGGAUUCGCCCUUCCCGGCUGGUUCGGGAUCUGGCAGGAAAAAAAAAAGACGGCAAAGUGACGAGAAGCACCCAUCCGGCUCCGCCUGGAUCCCAAUGGGGCGAGAAGAACCGACUCAGCUGCCCGGCUGGGAGCGGACGACGCCCGCCCGGUUUUGAAGCCCGUUUCUUUUUCAUCUGCACCCCUGCUCCGCCCAUGGCCAGCGGGGUUUGACGCCUGACAGCGCUCCCGCUUCCCUCAGCAUCUUUCCUUCUGCCACUUGCUCGGAGCGGGGUCUGCUGGCCGGAGGAUGGACGAGGAUGUUCCGAGAGGAGCCGAGGAGCAGGAUCCUGAGGAGGACCCCCACUCCAAAACCUUCGUCCGCCUUAACGAUCUCUCCGGAGAUGGAGGUCGCUCGGGUUCCGGGGACAAAGAGAAAGAGAAAGAUCCAGGCAGUGGGGACUCGGACGGGGAAGCGCUCCCUUAUCCCGCCCUGGCCCCGACCGUCUUCUUCUACCUGAGCCAGCACAGUCGCCCGAGGAGCUGGUGCCUGAAGAUGGUGUGUAACCCCUGGUUUGAAAGAAUGAGUAUGCUGGUAAUUCUCCUGAACUGUGUCACUUUGGGAAUGUUCCACCCUUGCGAAGACAUGGGCUGCGACUCUCCACGCUGCAAGAUACUCCAGAGUUUUGAUGAUUUUAUCUUUGCCUUCUUUGCGGUGGAAAUGAUAAUCAAGAUGAUUGCCUUGGGAAUUUUUGGGAAGAAGUGCUACCUGGGAGACACGUGGAAUCGUCUGGAUUUUUUUAUAGUUUUAGCUGGCAUGCUGGAAUACUCUUUGGACUUGCAGAAUGUCAGUUUCUCAGCUGUUCGGACAGUCAGGGUACUCCGGCCUUUGAGAGCCAUUAACAGAGUUCCUAGUAUGCGAAUCCUGGUCACCCUUCUUUUGGACACACUUCCAAUGUUGGGGAAUGUCCUCCUUCUCUGUUUCUUUGUCUUCUUCAUCUUUGGUAUUGUUGGAGUCCAGCUUUGGGCAGGGCUGCUUAGGAACCGCUGCUUUCUACCUGAAAACUUCAGUCUGCCUUACACAUUGGAGCUGGAAUCCUACUAUCAGACAGAGAAUGAAGAUGAAAGCCCUUUUAUCUGCUCCCAACCUCGAGAAAAUGGGAUGCGGGAUUGCCGCAGUGUUCCCAUACGGAGGGAGGAAGGCCUGGUGUGCACUCUGAACUAUUAUUCCUACAAUGACACCAGCAACACCUCUUGUGUCAACUGGAACCAAUAUUACACAAACUGUUCUGCCGGGGAGCACAACCCUUUCAAAGGAGCUAUCAAUUUUGAUAACAUCGGAUAUGCAUGGAUUGCAAUAUUUCAGGUCAUCACCCUGGAGGGCUGGGUAGAUAUCAUGUACUUCGUCAUGGAUGCUCAUUCCUUCUACAACUUCAUCUAUUUCAUUCUCCUGAUCAUUGUGGGCUCUUUCUUCAUGAUAAAUCUCUGCCUUGUGGUCAUAGCAACCCAGUUCUCAGAGACCAAGCAGCGAGAGAGCCAGCUAAUGAAAGAGCAGCGAAUCCGCUACCUCUCCAACGCAAGCACGUUGGCUAGCUUUUCGGAGCCAGGAAGCUGUUACGAUGAACUCCUCAAAUACCUUGUCUAUGUCCUUCGGAAGGCCGGCAAGCAAGUGAUGGAAACUUGUUGGACCACAGGGGUAAAGAUGGGCUUCCUCUCCAGCCCAAGCAGUAAGAAUAGCGCAGAGAGACAACCGUGCAAACAUCGUCCACGGAAAAGGUCAUCAGUACAUCACCUCAUUCACCAUCACCAUCACCAUCAUCACCACUAUCACCUAGGCAAUGGAAGCCUACGGGCCCCACGAGCCAGUCCAGAAAUUAGUGAUGUGGAAACCAGCUCCCUUCACAAUGGUGCCAAUCGGUUGAUGCUUCCAUCAGUAGUCAAUCCUUCUCACAUGGCACCUGGCAACACAGAAUCUGUUCACAGUAUCUACCAUGCAGACUGCCAUUUUGAGCCAAUUCAUUGUCAAUCAUCUCUCUCUCAGACUGGUCUCAGUUUGCCGGGACCUGAGGUGCUUCCCAGUACUGUAGUUGGCAGCAAGGUUUACCCAACAGUACACCCAAGUAGCUCCCACGAGCUCCUCAAAGAUAAAGGUUUGCCAGAGUCCACAUUGAACCCUGGGGCUAGCAUGCUGAUGAAUCUUAACAUCCCACCAGGGCCUUAUAGUCCGAUGCAGAAGAUAUUGGAAACACAGAGCACUGCAUUUCCACCAAGCUACAUCUCAGGGACAACAGGUCCCUGUCAAAGUUCCUGCAAGAUUUCCAACAAAGGGGGAAAACCUGAUAAUAUUUGCAGCCCAGAAAGUUGUCCCUAUUGCACGAAAACUUUGGCUAACAAUCCAGAGCAGAAGGAUCAUGAGGCUGGAGACUCCGAUAGCGAUGCGGUAUACGAAUUCACCCAGGAUGCUCACUACGGUGACCAGCGAGACCCUAAGCCCCAGAAAGCUCAGGGAAGAAAAACACGGAAACUUCUAGCCUUCUGGAAGGUGGUUUGUGAGACAUUUCGGAAGAUUGUGGAUAGCAAAUACUUUGGCCGUGGCAUCAUGAUCGCUAUCUUGAUCAAUACCCUCAGCAUGGGCAUUGAAUAUCACGAGCAGCCAGAAGAACUCACCAAUGCUCUGGAAAUCAGCAAUAUUGUGUUUACUAGCCUCUUUGCCCUAGAGAUGCUUCUGAAGCUUCUUGUGUAUGGGCCUUUUGGUUACAUCAAAAAUCCCUACAAUAUCUUCGAUGGAAUCAUUGUAGUAAUCAGUGUGUGGGAGAUUGUUGGACAGCAAGGUGGAGGCUUGUCUGUUUUAAGAACCUUCCGUCUUAUGCGAGUUCUAAAACUGGUCCGGUUUAUGCCUGCUCUUCAACGCCAAUUAGUGGUCCUCAUGAAAACAAUGGACAAUGUGGCCACCUUCUGUAUGUUACUGAUGCUCUUCAUCUUUAUCUUCAGUAUCCUUGGGAUGCAUCUCUUUGGGUGUAAGUUUGCCUCAGAGAGAGAUGGAGACACUCUCCCUGAUAGGAAGAAUUUUGAUUCCUUACUCUGGGCCAUUGUUACUGUUUUCCAGAUUCUGACCCAGGAAGACUGGAAUAAAGUCCUCUACAAUGGCAUGGCUUCUACCUCUUCCUGGGCUGCUCUCUACUUCAUAGCCCUCAUGACAUUUGGAAAUUACGUUCUCUUUAAUUUGUUGGUUGCUAUCUUGGUGGAAGGCUUUCAGACGGAGGGGGAUGCUACUAAGUCCGAUUCUGAGGGGGAACUUUUCCCCCAUAGUUUGGAAGAAGAAUGUGGACUUAAGAAAAAUUUUUCAAAUCCAGCUUUGAUGUCUCUUUGUGACCAUCCAGAGCUAAAGAAGAGCUUGACUCCCCCACUUAUCAUUCACACAGCUGCUACACCCAUGUCCAUGCCAAAAAGUGCCAUUUAUGGAGAAGUGGCUCAGGACUAUGGUUCCCGAAGAGCUAGUGGCAUCUCCAUGGAUCCUAAUACAUUUGAUCUCAAAUCCCCGGUCAGUGCCCGGAGUUCUCCACAUAGCCCAUGGAGCGCAGGAAGUAGCUGGAACAGCCGCAGGUCGAGCUGGAACAGCAUUGGGCGGGCACCUAGCUUGAAACGCCGUACAAACCAGAGCAGUGAGCAUAAAUCACUUUUGUCUGGGGAUGGGAAGCACAGUUCAGAGGAAGGGGAAAGUUCGGAUGAAGAGCAAUCCAGCAGGACUGGGAGCAUCAAUGGCUCUAUACCUCACCGCAUGGAGUCACUAGAAACCAAAGGCUCCUUUGACUUCCAAGAUACCCUGCAGGUGCCUUCUCUUUACCGGACUAGCAGCAUCCAUAGUAGCCACAGCUCUGCGGCAGACUACAAUGGCAAAGCCACCUCAAGAGUCUUGAUUCAGCAACUUCAUUUGGAUGAUCCGCUCCCAGAAUGUGACGACCCGGAUGAUGAAGGCAAUUUAAGUAAAAAGGAUCGCAUGAAGGCUUGGAUAAGGGCACGCCUCCCUUCCUGGUGCAAGGAGAGGGAUUCCUGGUCUGUCUACAUCUUUGCUCCUCAAUCUAAAUUCCGUGUCGUAUGCAAUAAAAUCAUUUCCCACAAGAUGUUUGAUCACAUCGUCUUGGUUAUCAUUUUCCUGAACUGUAUCACCAUUGCAAUGGAGCGUCCCAAAAUUGAGCCCCACAGUGCUGAACGGAUUUUCCUCACUCUCUCCAACUAUAUUUUCACAGCAGUGUUCUUGGCUGAAAUGACCAUAAAGGUGGUGGCUCUGGGCUUGUUCUUCGGAGAGAAGGCCUACUUGCAAAGCAGUUGGAACGUGCUGGAUGGGGUACUAGUCCUCAUCUCUAUGGCUGACAUCCUGGUUUCAAUGGUUUCUGAUAGUGGAACAAAAAUCCUUGGAAUGCUAAGAGUUUUAAGGCUUUUGCGGACUCUUAGGCCAUUAAGGGUCAUCAGUCGAGCACAAGGGCUGAAGUUGGUUGUGGAAACCCUGAUGUCCUCCCUGAAACCCAUUGGAAACAUUGUUGUGAUUUGCUGUGCUUUUUUCAUCAUUUUUGGCAUCUUGGGAGUCCAGCUGUUCAAGGGGAAGUUUUUUGUCUGCCAAGGGGAAGACACAAGGAACAUUACCAACAAGUCAGACUGUGCAGAAGCCAACUAUAAAUGGAUCCGGCACAAGUAUAAUUUUGAUAAUCUUGGCCAGGCUUUAAUGUCUUUAUUUGUUCUGGCGUCUAAAGACGGGUGGGUGGACAUCAUGUAUGAUGGAUUGGAUGCUGUAGGAGUAGACCAACAGCCAGUCAUGAACUAUAACCCUUGGAUGCUCCUCUACUUUAUCUCCUUCCUGCUGAUCGUUGCCUUCUUUGUGCUCAACAUGUUUGUGGGGGUUGUGGUGGAGAAUUUCCAUAAAUGUCGUCAGCAUCAGGAAGAAGAAGAAGCCAAGAGACGGGAAGAGAAGAGGCUCAAACGCCUGGAGAAAAAGAGAAGGAAUCUAAUGCUGGAUGAUGUAAUAAUGGACAGCUCAGCCAGUGCAGUGCCAGAAGCACAGUGUAAACCAUACUACUCUGAUUAUUCUCGUUUCCGACUUCUGAUUCACCAAAUGUGCACCACCCAUUAUCUGGAUUUAUUCAUCACAGGUGUGAUUGGCCUCAAUGUCAUCACCAUGGCCAUGGAGCAUUACCACCAGCCCAAGAUUCUUGAGGAAGCUCUGAAGAUCUGCAAUUACAUUUUCACAAUCAUCUUUGUCAUGGAAUCAGUUUUCAAGCUCAUUGCAUUUGGCUUUCGUCGGUUCUUUCAAGAUAGAUGGAAUCAAUUAGACCUAGCAAUUGUUCUCUUGUCCAUCAUGGGGAUCACGUUGGAAGAGAUUGAGGUGAAUGCAUCACUGCCCAUCAACCCUACCAUUAUCCGCAUUAUGAGGGUCCUCAGGAUUGCUCGAGUGUUAAAAUUGCUGAAGAUGGCUGUAGGGAUGAGAGCUCUUCUGGAUACAGUCAUGCAAGCACUGCCUCAGGUGGGGAAUCUAGGUCUCCUCUUCAUGUUGUUGUUUUUCAUAUUUGCAGCUCUUGGAGUGGAGCUGUUUGGGGACCUUGAAUGUGAUGACACCCAUCCCUGCGAGGGUUUAGGGAGGCAUGCAACAUUUCGCAACUUUGGAAUGGCUUUCCUCACACUCUUCCGGGUAUCCACAGGAGACAAUUGGAAUGGGAUAAUGAAGGACACAUUGCGGGACUGCGAUGAGGAAUCCACCUGUUACAACACCGUCAUCUCGCCUAUCUACUUCGUCUCUUUUGUGCUGACAGCCCAGUUUGUCCUGGUGAAUGUGGUGAUUGCUGUCCUGAUGAAGCACCUGGAGGAGAGCAACAAGGAAGCUAAAGAAGAAGCAGAACUGGAACUGGAGUUGGAAAUGGAAAUGAAGACAAUCACACCGGGCGUGCAGCCACCUGACUCUUUCAUGUGGACAAGCAGUAACACAGGAGAACGGCCUGAGAGUCCUGGAGGAUACACCAACCCCAUGCAAAUCAAAGUGAAUUCUCAGCUGUCUGUGGUUCAUCCUAUGGAAAGACACUUGUUUGAUACCAUAUCACUGCUGAUCCAGGAAUCUCUGGAAGGAGAGUUGAAGCUGAUGGACAACCUGUCAGGCUCUGUAUGCCAUCAUUAUGCCCUUCCAACUACUGAUACUUACAACCCUGAGAAACAGAUCCCUCUAGCUGAGAUGGAGGCUUUGUCUCUGACGUCAGAUAUUCUCUCUGAAAAUUCCUGGUCCUUAGCUCUGACGGAUGACUCUUUACCUGAUGAUAAUAACACACUCUUACUUAAUGCCCUGGAGAGCAAUACUGAUCUUCCUUCCAUUAAUGACCCACUGAUUCUCUCAUCAAACCAGGAUCUGCUAAGAGUAGGGAAGACUUCUGUGGGCCGCACUCACUCUCUGCCGAAUGACAGUUAUAUGUUUCAGGCUCCAGAUGCUGGCCCCUAUGAUGCUUCCUUGGGAGAAAAAAAAUCAUCUCAUCAAAAAUCUCAAUCAGGGUCAACCACGUCAGUGCAGUCUCAGCCUGCAAGCACUGAUGCUGCUCUGCGCAUUGCAAGAAAUCGAUUCCACCGUCUCAAGCCCCAAUACAAUCUUGGCUGGGAAAGCAAACCCAAUGUUGCUCCACCUAUGCAUUCUCCAUGUGCAGAACGCUUACUUCGCCGACAGAUGGCCAUACGGAACGACUCUUCGGAUACUCCUAGUUCAGAAAGCAGAGAGAACCUCCAGGCUGAGGUGAGUGAGCUCUCUGAUUCCAAUUUGUCAGCCCCGUCAACUGAGGACCUUUCUAUCACUUUGACAUCCUCGGAAGCAAGAGAGUCUGCCAGCUGGGCCCGAUCCAGUGUUCACACUCAGCAACAUUCCCGCAACCAAUAUAACAUCUCCAAGCAUGUUCCAGAUUUGUGUGCCUGUACAGACUCUCUUCAGGAACUACCUGGGGAUCCGAUGGACCAAGAAGUAUCAGAAAUAAACAGCUGUUUUACUUCAGGAACUUGUUCAGCCAUGAGUGCCUCAUCAGUGGUCCAGCCCGAGACCCCUAAGAGAAAUGUAGGCAACAGUGGCAACGUCCCUUUGAAGGACCUGAAGAAAUGCUACAGUGUAGAUACACAAGGUCUUCUUAAAAAACCCUCCUCGUGGUUAGACGAUCAAAGGAGACAUUCCAUAGAAAUUUGUUCCAUGGAAAACAGCCCCCAGCAUCAUUCCACAUCUAGUUCUUCUGGCUUCAUCAGUCAGGUCUUCAGUGAAAUGGAAGGCUUGCAAGGGACACGGCCAAAGAAAAAAAUGAGCCCCCCCUGUAUAUCCAUAGACCCUCCUGAGGAACAGAGGUUGCUACUAAGGAGGUCUUGCACCGCGUCCCCUUCCAGUGCAGAUGUUUGCUUGAGAAGACGCGCACCAUCUUGGGACUCCAAGGACUCCGUGGAUGCAGGGGACCCCACCCUCCCCGACAGUCUGUCAAUAACUCCAACUCCAAAGAAAGACUUGUUGACGCUCCCUAGUUUUUCCUUUGAUCAACCAGAUGUCGACCCUUGAAAUGGUUUCUUUUCUGUUACUGGUGCCAAAAGGUUUUUUUUUCCCCCUCCCUCGUGUAAUAAAUUAAACCUCUCUAUUCUAAAAUGGCACUGAUUUUUUUAAAAAUCCAAAGUUUAAAAAAGAGCUAGCUGGUAGAAGAAUGGUUAAGCUAUAUCACGCUUACUUAAGCAUAAGUUCUGCUUGGGUAAAAGCAAUACAUUGUUCAGAGUCUAUAUGUAUAGUCUAUUUUAUUAAAUUAAUUGAACCUAGUAUUGCAGUAUGUAGUACAUUUUGUGGCUUAAAAACCUGGUUUAUUUUCUCUUGUUUUAUGUACCUCAGAAUAUUCCUGAGACUAUGUUGGCAUUUUUUUUAAAAAAAAUGAAUAUUUUGACCUUUAAAAUUACAUAUUUAACCCUCCCUCUUUUUUUCUUUAUUCCUUCUUUUAUUUUCUUUUGCAAAGCACAAGAUGUAGCCAUUAGUGCAUUACAAAGAACAUGUGCCCCAUAAUAGACCAUAAAUAAGAAUUGUUGGAAUUAUAAUGCAUUUCAAGUACUGAACCAUCCACUAUUUUCUGCAGAGAUUAGCCAUAUCUAUUCCCAAAUUGGAUUUCAUUACAGUGCAAAGCAAAAGGAAAUACAGAAAUUAAACAAUGAACAGACAGAUUUGCAAAAAUGUCCAUUACGUUGAGAAUUCAACUGCCUUCCAGUAAUAUGAAUACAUAUAUUUUGUCAUGGCUUUCCAUAACAAUCUCCAAAAUCAUAUGGAGCGGGAAUACUUAGGAUGAGAAACAUUCUCUGGUCCCACUGCCCAACACUGAUAGGUUGGAAUAGAAGGAAAAAACUGAUACUCCAGCUAUUGCCUACCCCUAAAAGUCUUAUUUCACUCUUUCUUUCGGUGGAAGAAGCUAACCUGAAAGUCAAGGGCAGCUGCUUGCAAAUCCAUCUCAACUGGAACACGUCACGCCCAUUUAUCCAAGUAGAAUGGACACUUCCUUAGUUAUGAGUAACUUCAGUCCUUAACUAUCAUAUUUGUUUAUCUUUAAGAAGUGCAACAAUUGCUGUAUGGAAAAGGCUGUGCUCCCCUGAAACUCAGUCUCCAUAAUGGCAGAUAUUCAGUGUCUAACAACAGGAAUACAUCCUUUGACUUGGGACACGUAGUAUAAAUGUGUACAUUCUGUUUAUUUCAAUGGCACCCGCUGCUAGGAAAGGGAUAGAAGAUUGGAGACAUACACCUGAAAUGAGUGAAUCGUAUGGAUGGAAAUCAAAUUUGCCACAGAUACAGCAGGUGAAGUUUCCUACUAUUUAUUCACAUCCCUACAGAUAUGAGAUAUGCUAACCAUGUCGGGCUACUGUUACAGGCACAAUAUGGACCAGUGAAAGGGGAUGUGUAUCCUGAUCAAUGUGUAGUUCAACUGCUCUAUUUCCCACUAGAGAGACUGAGAAUAUUGUUGUCAUUCAGUGUGUCCUGUUAGAGCAUCACAAAGGAGUCCUCUAAGGUGAAUACUGAGGAUUUUUCAAAAUAGCAUCACAUUCUGCAGGAGGAGAAUUAUGUGAAGGCACUUUAAGUUACAUUAACUUCUAAUCAAUCAAAUGUAGAGGCAGCCCAGAGUGAUUUCAUUAAUUGGCAAUUUAAUGAUCAGAUAUCUAGAAUGAUUACUUCUUCUCCUCUUCCUCCUCAUUACCAUUUUCAUCAUCAAACAAAUUGUAAAAAUUAAAUGAGGCUUUUUUCCCCCCAUAUAGGGGGCAUCGUAUAGCCAAAUCAGACUGGCAGUUACAAAAUUAAAUGCAUUUUUUUACUUAAAUUGAUGCUGAUUUGCAAUAUUGCAAUCCCCUCACACACACUUUUUCUACUAACCUUGCUUACGAGAGAGACACCCCAAUUGUAUUUUGAUAUUCAAAUAAUUCUCAAAGAAAAAUCCUACAAAGGUUCUGUUCUUUCUUUUUCCCACUUAAGUCAAGAUCUUUUAUUUAGCAGAUUAUAGUCCUGGAGACUAGAGAGCCUCUAAUGAUGCUGACUUAUUAAUUCACAUGCCAUUUCUUCCAUGCAAGUUAAUUCCAGUUGGCAUUAACCUCACUCGGCUUUAACCAGUAACCAUGCCAAUUUCUAGAUGUCUUUUCUCCAUUAUAGUAGAGUGCCAGGACUCAAUUUUCAGUGCCAGAGCUUAACCUUGAAAUAGAAGAACAAAUAAAUUAAAAAUGCCCCAAGCAUUUCUUUUUUUCUAAUUCUAAAUAAGUAGCAGAAAUUCCCCAUUGGGGUAAGGCUUUUUAAGUCAAAAGCCUUUUUUCUAGAAUGCUAUGAUCCACAGAAUUAUUUUCCAAGAAAUUAAGCAUUGGGAAUAACCAUCUGAUUUCCACAGAUGCGACCAUGGAAACAUCAGAUCUUGCACAAUAAUAGUAUGGUGUUUUGCAUUAGGUUCUUUUACAGCAUUUUUGUUUGUUUGUUUCUGCCCUACAUACAAAAGAUGAUCCCCAAAUGCUGCUCUUCUAUUUAUAAAAGUAGUCCUUGACUUACGAUCAAUUGUUUAAUGAUAGUUCGAAAUUAUGACAGCGCUGAAAAUAUGACUUACUAUUGGUCUUUGCAGUUAUGAUCACUGCAGUGCCCCCACAAAAUUUGGACAUUUGGCAACUGGCAUGCAUUUGUGACAGUUGCAGCACUCCAGGGGUCACGUGAUCCUGCAUCUGAAAUCUCCCCAGGGGGCUUCCAACAAGCAAAAUCAAGGGGGGGGGGAGCUGGAGUUGCUUAAUGUCCAGAGCAAAAAGUCUGUAAAAAAUCUGGUGCAACUCACUUAUUACUCCCUUGCUUAGCAUUGAAUUCUGGUCCCAAAUUGGUCAAAAGUAGAGGACCAUCUGUAUACCUUUUAUCAGAUAAUUUGAGACAGACUCAUUUCUUCAAACCUUCUCAAAAGCUUUCUCAACUGAGUUACAAGCAUACUUGGGCUUCACCUAUUAGAAAUUAACCCUUUCACUAGAAAAGAAACUCCUACUAGAAGAUCCAGUUAGAAUACUCUGAACAUCUUACAGUCUCCAGCUCCCUCUUGCACUCACCUAACUUGGCAAAUAUAAAAUGAAGCAGAAAGUCAGUUUUUGCACAUACCUUUGAUUUCUUGUGUCCAAGAAAAGGCAUGAUUCUUCAGAUAAAUCAGUAUUGUGCAUAUCCAAGGAUCCUCAGAUUUGUGCUGGCACAAUUUGGGGAGCCUUUUCAGAGUCCAAAUGUGAAUUUGUCAGUAUUGAUGUGACCAAAUUGCUCUUUUCUAUGGAUCACAUUGUCCCUUUAUUCAUUCUUAAAAAUAAUAAUAGGAUAAAAUGAGCUUGCUUUUCAAGCCACAUGAAUAUUUUUGCUAACAUAAUUGAUUUCAGCUUAAUCUCUCUGUUAAAUGUAUUUACCAUUGCAGUCUUAAUAAAUGCUUUAAACCCAGAAUAUCUUUAAUAAAUAUUCUAGGUCAUGCGCUCAUAUAGGCCACAUUUUGGUAAAUAUAGAAACUAAACCAAACAUAAAUAUUGAAAACAAUCGCUAAUCAUAUUUUAAAACCCAGUUUGAAUAUGAGGAUAUAAUCUUAAAUACUGAAAUGUGUAUCUUUAUGAUUAUAAAAUCAACUCACAUUGGACAUUCCUAAAAACACACUCCAAAUGAAUUUUGACAACUAAUAAUUGUUUAAAUCACUCUGAAGUACAGGGGUAUUGUUUGUCAAAGUCUUCAGAAUGCUCCAUACCAAUAGACUCUUAUAUAGUGCCACCUUUCAUGUGGAAAAUUAUAAACAUAAAAUUUAUAACUGUCAUUAUUCCAAUCCAUUGAGUAGAAAAUGAAAUCUAACCAGGUCACCAACUUAAAUUAGACUACCCUUCCUGAACCUAUUAAUCAUUUUAAUAUAUAGGCAAUUAGUGCAAUUCUUACAAAUUAGUUCAUUGUGAUCUUCUCAUGUAAAAUGUAGGAAAAAGCACAAUAUGAUGACCUAAAUGAUUUCAGUCCUUUGUUUUUAAUUACUUGGUUUCUCUACGUCGAAGUCAGCUGCAGAUAAUCAACCUUAUGUAUAGUGAAAGAAUUGUGUCCCUUGUUUUGUCACUCUCCCUCAUGUAACCAUGCUCCUCUGAACAUCUGCCCAUUCAUCCAUCAUGUUUAUCUCCAAGGUCUGUAUACCUACAGCAUCCAGUAUGGCUUUCCCAAAAUGGAACUCAGAUUAAUUUGACAUGCGAAGACAAUAAAGUUAACGAGACAGAGUAAUGCAGAAGCAUCAGAAUUAGGCAAUAUGAUCCUGUGGGACAACUCUUCAUGGUCAACUCACCAUGGACAACUUACCACAAGAAAAUUCGAUGCAAAAUACAACACAAAUAUACAAAAGUUAAAUUAAUUUCAAGAGAAGUUUGACCAAUGAUAAUAAAAUAAAGUCAAUCCAGAAAUACAAAAGUUACAAUAAUUUUGAUGAAAACAUGGUCACCAGUAAUAAAAGUAACUGAGUGAAACAAUUAAUAUAGCAUUCAAUUGUCCCAUAAUGAGUUGGCCAUGGUGAAUUGGCUGGGGUGAGUUGUCCUAGACCCCUCUUCCGGACCUUUUGCAUAGUCAGAAAUAUCUGAAUCAGCUCUUCUGCUAACAUCCUAAUUUGCUAAGGCAACCUGCGGUAUCUACACUGGUUAAAAUGUGCACUAGUUGUCUAGUAAUAUGAAAUCAAUUUCUGGGUAAGGUAAAGUACAAUAUAUUAGGAAGAAACUAAAAUGCAAAAUGUAGCCUGCUUUGAAAUGAGAGGAACUAUCACAAUUCAAAUUAAAAAGGAUUAAAAUUAGUAUAUUUUCGGUGCUUGGGAAGCAUUGCUGGAAUGUUAAUAAAACUAAGGAGUUGCUUCAUGGAAUUAUAUUCAAUAAAGACCAAUCAAUACAUAACUUACUGUAAGCUAAUGCAUUCAGGAAAAUAAAGCAUGCAUACUUUGUGAUACAAAUAUUUUCUACUUGCCCUUUUGAAAAAUCUAAUUGAAGUACUACCGUGUGUGCAAUAAUCUUCAUGGAAUUUUAAAUAACUUUGGGUUGGGCCUUUUUUAAAUAACAUUAGACUUUUUUAUAAAAAGCAAAACAAUGGUUCUGAAGAGAUGUACACCGAUUCUGUAGAAGGGUUCUGUUCAUAGUUUUUAUAUUAUUAUUUUUUGUAGAAAUCGCUAGAGCAGUGUCUAUUCCUGCCAAGCAUCUUAGUAAUAGAAGUGAACUGAGGUCUUGCCUUUUCAUAUGAAGACUUAGGAGAAAGAUUGGUUCUAUGUUAAGGUUUUGAUUUGGGUUUUUUCCUGCUUUCCCAAACAUAAAUUAAAAUGUUGCCCAGUUCUAAACACAUUUUGAAGAGGUGGGACAGAUGAGUAGUUGCUCACAGAUGCAAUCCUUAAGUCCCUUGCCCUUGGUCAGUUGUCUCUCUCUUUAUGGAAGAGAUUUUUCUGAAGGAAAAUGGCUGAGGCCAGGCUGGGGGAGAAAAAAAAAUUGGCCAGUACCUCUAGUCAAAAGGGUCUUGCAUCCAUGGCACGAAUGGAAUUCUGGAAUUAAUAUAGCUGUGUAUUAGUCUGUCUUUGAUCAUGAUAAGCCGUACUAUAAACUUCAGUUUGUCAAUGUGAUUUAAAAAGUAAGCUACAAACUUAACAUACACUUUCUAUGAUUCGAGUGAGAUGUCUGUUCUAUGUUGUAUAGCUUAAAAUAGUUGAUCCCAGCUGCAUUGUGUAGCUUUAUGCACAUAUUUAGUACAUAUAUGCUAAAUUAAGAACGAGGACGACAUGUAGGAAAAGGGCUCUACAGAUGAGACUGGUUUAAGGUCUGAUCUCUGCUAAUAUUAAUAAAUUAGUAUAUUGGAAAGCUUGAUUACAGGGGGAAAAACAUCUGAAUAAGUAAUCUUGAAAGAGAUGUUACAGCUUUUAUUAUUGUUAUUGAAAGGAAUAUUUUGUUAUGCUAACAGCUUUGGUAAUAGGCUAAUUUAUGAAUGUUUAAGACACUGACUUUUGGAUUUAAAAGUCCAUUUUUAAUCAAAUAAAAAACUUAAAUAAAUCAACAUCCCUACUGAGAUGUAAUGUAUGCUACAAAUAAGUAGGCUAACUCAAUGUUGUAAUCAUUAUAGAAGAAAAAAAACCUUACAUGAUUUGAUCAUCAUUUACAGGAAAAUGAUAUAUAUUUUGUUCAUUAAGACUUUGGUGCAUCUGAGUGUGUUUAGAACUGGAUUUCUCUCUAGCUCUCUCUAAUGCUGCAGCUCUACAUUAUUUUUAAAAAUGUAUUAAUCGAAAAGUUUAUUUCUGAUCCUAAUCCCCCAUGGCAAGUUCUAUCCAGUUUGUUUCAAAGCACACCAGCACUUUAAUACUAUGGACUUAGUGUCUGCUGGUAAGAAGAGACGAUUCUGUUUUUGCCAGGUUAUAGUAAUUUAUGAGGGUAAAGAUUUGCUACCACAUCAAAGGGGGGGGGGGAAAAGACAAUGUAAAUUCCAUAUUUGCAAACAUUGCACAUAGUAUUUCUAUAACUUUUAGAGAGAUUACAGGUUAUUUAAACUGUAGAUAAUUUGGAAGAAGAACAAUAAAUACUUUUUUUGGCUUCUGUAGAAUGUAUUCAAUUGAAAAAAAAAUAAGUUUUAUGGGCUAACAAUGCCCCCUUCUUUCCUUCUGUGCCCCCUGACUAUAAUAACCCAUGUAGAAUCUUUCACAAAAAUUACUAGAGUAACCACAGUACCAAUGUCCAUAAACAAUCCAGUAACUGUUUUAGAACUUUGUAUUUAAUAAUCAACUUAUUGUUAUAUCAUAUCAGGUAUAGAGAUUGAAAACUGGGUAUCUGGUCAGGGCAACAAAAGGUGAAAUGAAUGGGGAGUAAUGGAUUAAAAUGUCUUUUUUUUUAAUGAG